AGUAGCUGCUCUCACCCUAGCAGCAGCAGGAGUGAGAUCUUUCUCAACAGGGUCACGGCCACACCUUCAGAGCCUGUGUGACUUCUGGAUCUACACUGACCAUCAGGCAUGUAGCUGUACAGGAAGUGUAAAAACUGAAAACGGGGUCGGAGACAGAAAGUCCAGGUGUUCCUGGCCACUGCGGUGUCUCUGCUCCCAAUACAGGUGUAACCUGAGUCCCCACUGGGGAGCCAGAAAUCAGCUGAGAAGAGACUCCAGGAGAGAGAAGCCCCAGGCGGAGGUGGAGGAAGUGGGGGGCCUCAGCUCCGCUCAUCCCGUCUAGCUCGGUUUGCACUUGAAGGGUCUGGAUUGGACACGAGGAGGCUCCAAGAAGUUGGAUCUGACCUACGGAGGUACUGCUGAUCUCCAGUGCCCAGACUGUGAGACUGUGGACAUUUGGUAAAUGAGCAGCAGACUGAGAGGUCUGCAAACAGCAUGUACACACCCAUCCCUCAGAGUGGCUCUCCAUUCCCAGCCUCGGUCCAAGACCCAGGUCUACACAUCUGGCGUGUGGAGAAGCUGAAGCCGGUGCCCAUAGCACGAGAGAACCAUGGCAUCUUCUUCUCUGGGGAUUCCUACCUGGUGCUUCACAAUGGCCCGGAAGAGGCCUCCCAUUUGCACCUGUGGAUAGGCCAACAAUCAUCCCGGGACGAGCAGGGGGCCUGUGCCGUGCUGGCCGUGCACCUCAACACUCUGCUUGGGGAGCGGCCCGUGCAGCACCGUGAGGUUCAAGGGAAUGAGUCCGACCUCUUCAUGAGCUACUUCCCACGUGGCCUCAAGUACCAGGAAGGUGGUGUGGAGUCGGCAUUUCACAAGACAACCUCGGGGGCCACCCCAGCAGCCAUCAAAAAGCUCUACCAGGUCAAGGGGAAGAAGAACAUCCGUGCCACCGAGAGGGCGCUGAGCUGGGACAGCUUCAACACCGGGGACUGCUUCAUCCUGGACCUGGGUCAGAACAUCUUCACCUGGUGCGGUGGGAAGUCCAACAUCCUGGAACGGAACAAGGCGAGGGACCUGGCCCUGGCCAUCAGGGACAGCGAGCGGCAGGGCAAGGCCCAAGUGGAGAUUAUCACCGAUGGAGAGGAACCAGCCGAGAUGAUUCAGGUUCUGGGCCCCAAGCCUGCUCUGAAGGAGGGCAACCCUGAGGAAGACCUCACAGCUGACCAGGCCAACGCCCAGGCUGCGGCCCUGUAUAAGGUCUCUGAUGCCACUGGACAGAUGAACCUGACCAAGGUAGCCGAUUCCAGCCCCUUUGCCUCUGCACUGCUGAUUCCUGAUGACUGCUUUGUUCUGGACAAUGGACUCUGUGGCAAAAUCUACAUCUGGAAGGGGCGAAAAGCUAAUGAGAAGGAGAAGCAGGCAGCCCUCCAGGUGGCCGAUGGCUUCAUCUCUCGGAUGAGAUAUUCCCCAAACACUCAGGUGGAGAUUCUGCCCCAGGGCCGAGAGAGUCCCAUCUUCAAGCAAUUCUUCAAGGACUGGAAGUGAGGGUGGGUGUGCCCAGCUCUACUCUCCUGCCUGCCGCCACCUGCCUGCUUGUUCCGCCUCUGGCUGCUGAGUCAGCACCGAGGUGCCCUCUGGAUGCUCAAUAAAAGAGACACAUUCCCGUUC